AACAUCCUCCAAGCCAUCGCCGUCAAAUUCAUGUUUUCCACUACCCUUUCGGGCCCCAGGCUAUUUAUGAGCAUCUCUAAUUGUGCAGACAUGGCGUCCGACAAAUACUUAUUAAGCACCUCCUGUGUGUGAAGCGAUAGAAAUAAGAUUGAGAGGCGGUCUGUCUCUCCUCUAGAAGUUAUAGCCUAGAAGAGCGGCCCCGUAGGCGUUAUUGCAACAGCCGCCUCUAGAGAUCUUACUUCCAUCCCGCCAAAUACAUCCGUGCCUUUACAACCGGCUCUAUGCGAAGCCUGGAGACUCGUAUAGUUAAAUCGAGUUUAAGCAAGGAGCCUUUGCCUUAGCUGACAACCUUCCAAGCACGACACGUGGGCUCUUCCCUCUCUUGACAUCCCAUUCUCUCAUUGCUUUGAAAAAUCCUUUUCUUAGAUGUGAGGCAGAAGGAAAUUUCUGGGUUAUCUUUUAGGACUUCUUUCCUCAACCGAAGUCUUUUGCAGAAGUCCUACACUCCGGGAGGCCGGCGUUUUUCAACUGAGGCUCAGGAGUGCAAAUCCAGGGCUCCUCAGUACGCUCAGCAGCGCUUUCCCUCUGUAUUCCCAGCCGCUUCCUCCCGAGGGGCCUCUCUGGUUGGACCGCCAGGUGGCGCCCUUCUCGAAGGGAAUUCACCUCAGUCAUAGAUGGCAGGGCAGUUACCUGGCAACAGAAACUGGGCGUUCCAAACAGUUGGGACCCGGGAUCCUCCACGUGCCAGGUUUUGUGCGGCUGCGCAGGCCUCCCAUCCCUCAUAAGAGCGUCUCUCCCUGCAUUUUACCAUGCCUCCCACCCGAAACCCUUUCCAGCAGCCUACGUUGGAUAACGAUGAUUCCUACUUGGGAAAAAUGCGGGCUUCCAAGAAACUGCCAUAUAAGAACCCAACUCACCUUGCUCAGCAACAGGAACCCUGGAAUCGGCUCAACUCAACUCCCACAAUCAACUCCAUGAGGCGAGAUGCUUAUUUUUUUGAUCCUGAGAUACCAAAGGAUGACCUGGAUUUCCGCUUAGCAGCCUUGUACGAUCACCACAUGGGGAUGUUCAAGAACAAAAGUGAGAUACUGUUACAGCAGGAGACCACCCAGGAUACCCGUGGACGCAGCAAGAUCCAAUUCCCUGGAGAAUGUUUACCCCCUCCCUCGCUACCCCCCAUCACUUCCCGAGCUAACAUCAGACACUGGAUCAACCCUAAGAAGGAGUCUAUCCACAGCAUCCAGGGAUCCAUAGUUUCCCCUCACACUGCGGCCACCAAUGGAGGCUACUCCCGAAAGACCGAUGGUGGCUUCUUCUCCACCUAGUGCUGACAAGCCCCUGGAUUAAUCAGUCAUAGUAGAACAUCCUCCAUUAAAUAGAUUUGUGCAA